CCGCGAGCAACGAUCUUUCCCUGAAGUAAGCGUCAGCAAUGCUGCUAGUGCUUUGGACUUAACUUGAAACUGGUGCACUUGUUGAGGGUGAUGAUGACGGCUCCAGCUCGCUUAAAGUGAAACCGCCUCCUGUCCUAGAAGCAGAUCACGAGGCUGUCGCAGAUUUCCUUUCAUCAAAACCUGGUCGGGGCUGUAUCCUCGGGCAAUUUGAGCAUAAACACUCUGGAGGAAAAUGCUAUGAUGAUAAUUUGAGAAUUUGGAAUCUAGAUGCUUGGCUCUCAUCGGGGGAGAAAUUAAAGUUUCCCCAACCAAUACAAAAGCUCGUAACUGUCAAACUGGACGUUGGUUGACGGUGCUGAAAGCUCAGUGGAGUCAGAAUCCGUCCCACUUCACUGUUAAUUCACGUCGGAUCGAUGGACCAUUCAUUAGAUAUCAUUGCGUACAACGGAGAGGAGAUCGGGAAGCUCGCUGAUCGCUGAAAGUGAUGAUGUGG